AGAAGGGAACUACAACUCCCAGCGCUGGCCGCACCGGGAUCCUGCGUUCGCCGCGCCCCCGCUUCCUCCUCCGCCUCCUGCGGGCCCGGGCGGGGACGGGGCUCGGGGCUCCGGGACCGCAGAAUUAGUCGCAGCAUCGUGACUUUUCCAUCAUGUCAGAACCCAUCACACUCAAUGUUGGAGGAAAGCUUUAUACCACCUCUCUGUCCACCUUGACUAGCUUUCCAGACUCCAUGCUGGGGGCCAUGUUUAGUGGGAAGAUGCCAACCAAGAAGGACAGCCAAGGCAACUGCUUUAUUGACAGAGAUGGAAAAAUCUUCCGCUAUAUCCUGAAUUUCUUGAGAACUUCUCACUUGGACCUCCCCGAAGACUUUCAGGAAAUGGGCUUACUUCGACGGGAGGCAGAAUUCUAUCAGAUUCAGCCUCUGAUUGAGGCCUUGCAGGAGAAGGAGGUGGAGCUUUCUAAAGCAGAGAAGAACGCCAUGCUCAACAUCAGUCUCGAUCAGAAGACCCAGACUGUUCACUUCACCGUUCGAGAAGCACCCCAGAUCUACAGCCUGUCUUCCUCCAACAUGGAAGUGUUCAGCGCUCACAUCUUCUCCACUUCGUGUCUGUUCCUGAAGCUUCUUGGUUCCAAACUUUACUAUUGCUUCAAUGGAAACCUCUCUUCAAUAUCCAGCUACCUGCAAGACCCCAACCAUUUGACCUUAGAUUGGGUUGCAAGUGUGGAAGGUCUUCCCGAAGAGGAGUACACAAAGCAGAACUUAAAGAGACUCUGGGUGGUGCCAGAUAAUAAGCAAAUCAAUAGUUUCCAGGUAUUUGUGGAAGAAAUGCUAAAAAUAGCUGUGAGCGAUGGUUUCUGCAUAGAUUCUUCUCAUCCACAUACUUCAGAUUUCAUGAAUAAUAAGAUUAUUCGCCUAAUUCGAUACAAGUAGGAAUGUUUUUCUUCUUAUGAUGCCAUCAUGGAGGUAACACAGGUUAAGUGUUUCCCUUUUAAACACACUUACAGCCUAAUUCAGAAUCAUGCUUACCUGGAUUAAGAGUCACUAACAGGAAGAUGAUUUUCCUUUAACGCAUUUACCGAUACAGUCUUUCAGAAUAUGUCUGUAUUCUAAAUAGAAGGAAUAUUGUCUAGCACCUGAAUUAAGGAUUGAUUCUGUCUCAGCCUCCACCUCUAACCUGCCGUACAACUGUGAGGAAAAUCACUUAUCUUCUUACUGCAUUUACAGAUGAAAAAUGGGAAUGAUCCUUAACCUGUAAUGUACGGUUGAUGGGAAUGUUCAGUUAUGAAGGUUUGGAAAGUGUCUGGAGAUCAGAUGUGGUGAAGGAAGCCACGGAGACAUAAUGAGAUCAGGUGUGCUGAAAGAAGCCACGGAGCCACAGUGCAGCAGAAGACAGUCCAGGAGGAUACAUUUUCCUUGUCUUUGCCAUAUCACCUGGACUGAGGAUCCAAGAAGCUUGUUCCAAUUAGUGGAGAAGAUGCCUCUCCACAUGGACACACUGAAUCUAGAUGUAAAAGAUGGUGCACAUUGUCAGUGAGUAGAGGAUCCUGUCUGUUCUGUCGCCAUCUGAAGAUGACAGUUUUUUUUCCUGAACCCUGUGAGGAAAACAAUGCUGUGUUCUGAUUUCAGGGAAGCCAUGGUUGAUGUGACUGACUGUGGGAACAACCAAGAAAGCUGUAACAGAGAGAAAGAUGUUUUUACAAACUGAGAAGAUUGUGUCUGUUGGGGAACUUUGCUUUGGAUGCUCUUAAACCCUGACAUUUUCAUUCCAAAGGCAUCCAAGACAACUACUCCUUUUCUUUCUCUUACAAUACUGUAUUUGUCUCAAGGAUGCUCCCAGAAACACUCGCUGAGGUGAUGAACAGAUUUAGAGGGAUGACGUCCCCAAAUAUUGUCUGAAUGGUUGAGAUUCUUCUGACAGGACAUGACUUUCUCUUGGGAAGUCUCCCUUCAGCAGUGUCUGGAGCUUAUGGGAGGGCCUUUAGGUAGGGUGGAUUCCAUCUGAAAGGACUACUUUUCCAUCACUGACUGUACUACUUUUAAUUACAAAACUAGAGGCUUAGCUUUUCUACCAGUAUACACUGAGCCUUUUUUUUUUUAUACCACUGUGAAAUAUCAGACUGCUAAGGCAUCAUUUUACCUUCUUGCUUGGCUUUAGAGUCCAGUUGCCAGAGAUAAGGCACUGCAAAACAAAGGGUAAAUGACAACAGUCAAGCCCUUUCCUAAAAGCCUGAUCCUUGCUCUGAUGAAGAUCAUAGUCCCCUAGCUGCAUGUUAGCUCUAGAUACCCCUUUUGCCACAUUCAAGGUGGUUCGUUCUUCAGCUAAUUAUUUUUUAAAGUAUCUUAGCUGUCUUUCCCUAGUCAGAUUGCUACAUGUGCAUGAAAGACCCUCCAGAACAUUUCCCAUUCCCUCAGGUGAAAUAGAAGGGAAACUGCAAUAACCAACUUUAGUGUUUAUAAUUUUAUUGCUUCUUAGCACAGAGCUGCAAAGCUCAAUAUUGCUCUUUCUUUUCCCAAAGCAGCUGGGCGGCUGUUACGUUAAGCUGAUCCAUGAGAAAAAACCUCAUUAAUACUGUUGUAAAAAAAACUGAGAGAUAAAUAUAUUCCCACUGUCCCAAGCUGUAUCACAGGAAUAACACUAAUCAGCAUGCUGAUAGUAAAAAUGCUCAUUCUGUAGCUAUUGGCAGCCUGUUAUAAAUCUCCUUCCCUGUCUACCUUGGUGCAAGACUCACCAGCACGAUGGUGGAAGUGAGACCAUGUUGUUAGGCCCUACUGGGAUUGAAGCCCAGAAAACCAUUAAGCAUAGCCACUUUUUGUGAAUUUUCAGGAUUAGAAGCAGGGUGCUGUGGCCAAAUUUCAACUUUCAACUUUUCUGCCUUUUAUUUGCCUUGGGAAGAACUCUCUUUUCCCCAUUCCUGCCCUGAACUAUGAAGCAGGAAUAACAUACUCCAGGAGAUGCGGCAUGCCAUUGGCAAAGCAGAGCAACACAAAUAAUGUGAACCUUAUUUCUGCUGAGAGAUUGCCAGUCAGUUGGACAUUCAUAGUUGUCAUCUAUGCAGAUGUUAUUAUGAUGAUCUGUAAAAUACCAUCCAUGAACUCUUUUUCAUCAAAUCUAUGCCUUCAAACAGAUAAGCCUUUGCUGAACGUAUGAUAAAAGCUUUGGGGAGAUGUCAAUGGUACUAGUUUUUUUUAACUUUAGCCUUUGAGAAUAUAUUUAAAUGAUUUGUAAAAGCAGUUCUUGAAUGUCAGGACUAAAUGAAUAGAUCUGUAAUAAUUAGUUUGCUCUUAGCUUGAGUUUAUCUGGGGGCAAGAGCAAUGGGCUUAAAGGGGGAAGGUCUGUGAUGGAAUGCUUAAACCCAUCAGUUUGUUAUGCAAACAGUGGACCACUUGAAUCCACAUUCGUUGGUGCUCAGGUGACUAAAGUAGGCAAAAGUAUCACUGACCACAAAUCUCUAUGAAGAAUUUCCAGACUGUGUAAAGACAGCAAUGAAAACAAGCCUUGGGAGGAAUAGAAAAGCUUCAAAUACUUAAAAAUUGUUGAGGAGAAUAAAUGUCUUUGAGAAUGAGAUACUAUGUAUAGCAUCACAGCAGUUCUGCCUGCUACCAAGUAUGUCAAAUAAGUGGUAAGUGAAUCAGCUGGGAUUGCAAUCAAACAUAUGUUAUAUAAAUACAGCUGCUAUUUCAAACAACAUGCUAAGCUAAAUUUAUAGCUGUACCCUAAUUUUGCACUCUGUGAGUUAUGUUGUAACGACUGUUUAUAGUAAUAUUCUCUCUCCGAAGCGUUUCUUUGCCUGUUAUCUAGAUAGCAAGCUUUUGUUUACCUUCUGUUUCAAAGCCCUGGAGAUAACUUUCUUUUCUGUCACCAAUCAGCAGCACUGAUGAUUCUUGUUCUCAAGUUGUCCUGGGUUAAAGAAAAGUGAACAGGCACAGAGCCAUGUUGUGUGCUUAGUGUACAUCACAACCCCAUCGCUUAGUCAUGAAAAGCACUUGAAAUGUAUUAGCAGUAACAACUACAAAUUAUUUCACUGUUGGAGUGGAAUGUUCUUUCUUGGAAUGGACUUCUUAUUUUUUAAAUGUCGGUAGAGAGAGAUCAACCAUUUUAAGAACAGAAAAACAUCCGAGUUAGGGCAGAUGAUAAAUAAGUUUCUAGCUUGAAUGUAAUGGCAGUUACAGACAUGGACAUGUACGUGGCACAGUGGGAUUUCUUAGAUGACAGAAAGAAUAUUCUAAAGCAUAUUAGUGGAAUCCAGACAAAUCACUCAUGGGUUUCUCUUACAAGUUUUUUUUGCUUCAUAUCUCUAAAUUGUCUAAUAAUAUCCAAUAGUAAUGAAGGGACCAAAACCAUGCCUAAACACUAAAAUGUCUGAUGAAUGCCACUGUUGUUAAGAAUCAUUAGGAGACAGUGAGAUGAGUGUUCCUACAGGUGAUGGUAGGGGAAUAAAAGAAAUUGGUGUAGAAAGUUAGACUUGGAAGGAUUCUUAAGUUAACAAGAAAUCCAGGAUUUAGAAGGAGAGCAGAGAGACUCUAGAUGUGAGAUAAGAUGUGAGAUAAAGGUAAGCAAGGUUUAAAUGGAGACAAAGAUUUUGUUAUGGAGAAGACUGCAAUUAGAAUGACUCAUUGGUCCUCUUCAAUUUUAAUCUCCUAUUAUGCAACUAAAAUAUUGGCCAUGCCAAGAGUAAUUCAAGUACCAUGUCAGAAGUAGACAGCUUUGCUAAAUUUGCAUGUGCUUUCAAUCACCAAACAUAUGCACUGCUGUAGUUGCUCAUAUUUUAACUUCGUUGCUGAAAAUAAACCUCUGCAGUCAAUCAGACUGAUUCCCAUUCUAGAAAAGGAAAGGCUGGAGGGGUUUAUAUGUAAUGUUCAAGGGAGUAAUAAAUACUGCCUUCACCCCUUGCCAGGAAUCGUGUAAAACAAAUCUAUGACUUUCUGACACUUCACAGAUAAAUGGAGAAGUUAUGAAGACUAUUUCUUGUGAGAGUUUCAUUUUCACCUCGUACCUUUGAACUUGGUAUCACUGCUCAGAAUUGCAGUGUUUUUGGAAAUAUUUAACUGUCCUGGUUGGUGAGCCAUUCUGUAACAGUUCCCUUAUCCACACACUGCUGGCCAGAAACACGCAGGCAAUAAGCACUGCUAAUACGUGACUCUCCCAUUAGAAGUCUCGUAUGUGAAUUAGUACAUAAGGUCAUGCAGGUAUUCUGUGUGAGAAAGGCUGGAUUGAGCUUAAAUGUGCAGAUCAUGCUCUCAGAUUCACCCCAGAUAAUAAAAGGGAUGGUUUUGCUAUGGAUUCAGAAAAUCAAAAAGAAAAAAAAAAAAGCUAUAUGGAUGCAUGAAA